UCUCUCCGGAAGAAAGAAGGGGAGUGAGAGGGCAAACGACCUCGUCAAUCUGGCCAAAACCGUCGUACCGAUAUCCACGCCCGCCCUUCCUUCCUUCCUUCCUAUUAUAACAACCAACAACACGGCUUCUUUCUUCUCUCUGUAAACACAUUAAGGAAGAAUGGAUCCGAACCCGUCCAAGUUCCCCCUCCUCUCCUUCAUCAUGGACCGCCUUCCCAUCCUCGGAGCCUCCUCCACCGCCUCACCCCCUCCCCACGUCUCCGGCCUCUACUCCAUCCAUAUCGACGACGCCCAGCCCCAGCUUCUCAAGCCCUCCUCCCUCCUCGACCAGAUGCCUCACCUCUCCGACCCCAAACUCGUCGCCGCCAUGACCCGCGCCAUCUCCGACGUCGCCCAGACCCGCUCCAUCCUCUCCGCCCUCGGCCGCCGCCCCGAUCACGAGGCCGUCGACACCGCCAGGGCCAAGCUCGCUCACAUCGACUCCACUCUCUCCAAGAAGCUCGAGGACCUCGUCCUCUCCCCUCGCCCCUCCGACGUCGACCGCUUCCAGUGGCGGGCCCACCUCGCCGAGCGCGAGCAGGAGUGCCGCGACUCCGCCGACAAAGAGAGGCAGGACUGCAAGGCCAUUCUCCAGCUCGACGAGCUCCACGACUCCUACCACAAGCUUCUCAAGGACGCCGAGGACCGCCUCAACAAGAUUUAUCGCUCCGCCGAGGACGGUCUGGUCGAGGAGGCGCCGCCGGUCUCCGACCAGGCCAAUGAGGAGGUCGUCGGCGUUCUCAACCAGGCCUCCGGGGCUGCGCUCGACCGCGUCAACCUCUCCGGCCGCCGCUUGCGCUCCUUGCCGGAGGCCUUUGGCAGGAUCACCUGUUUGCUGCACCUUGAUCUUUCCAGCAAUGAGCUCCAGGUUAUUCCUGGUACAAUAUGUGGAUUGGAGACGCUACAGGAGCUGAACUUGUCUUCCAAUCUGUUGGAGUCACUGCCCGACAACAUUGGCCUGCUGCAAAAUUUGAAGCUUCUCAGUGUCUCCGCAAACAAGCUCUCUGCUCUUCCUGAUUCUAUCUGUCAGUGCAGGUCAUUGGUGGAGUUGGAUGUGAGUUUCAACAACCUGGCAUACUUGCCAACCAACAUUGGUUAUGAGUUGGUCAAUCUUCAGAAGCUCUCCAUACAGUUAAACAAAAUCUGUUCCCUUCCCACCUCUGUUUGUGAGCUAAGGUCUAUGCGCUCUUUGGAUGCUCACUUCAAUGAGCUUCGGGGCCUUCCUCUGUCCUUUGGCCGAUUGACCAAUCUCCAAAGUCUGAACCUUGCCAGCAACUUCACCGACCUUACUGAGCUGCCCGAAACUUUUGGUGAUCUAACCAACCUUAAGGAACUUGAUCUCAGCAACAAUCAGAUUCAUGCCCUGCCUGAUACAUUUGGCCGCCUUGACAAUUUGACCAAACUUAACUUGGACGGAAACCCUCUUGUGCUUCCACCCCCUGACAUAGUUCAACAAGGUGUAGAAGCUGUCAAGCUCUUUAUGGCCAAGAGGUGGUUAGAGAUACUGGUGGAAGAAGAAAGGAAGAGCAUGCUUCGAGUGGAAGAAGAAGCAGAAACAGGAUGGUUGACACGCAGCACUUCCUGGUUGGCACGCAGUGUUUCAGGUGUUUCUGAAUAUCUGUCUCCUAGAUCUCCUAGAGACCCUGUUCUUGAUCAGCAGCUAUGAUUGCAUGAAAUGGCUUUCUGCUGCACAUAGUUGUGCCAAACAUUCUUUUUUUCAGUCUUGUUUCUUUGCUUCUUUAUGAAUACUGUCCUGCUUCGUUUCCGGCUUGACAAAUUUUGCUCCUCCGGUUGAAUAGUUGGGAGGAUUAAGGUUCACUUUACUGAGUUACUCUACUGUAAAAAGCUUGUUGACACAUUUGUUGAAUCUGAGGCAUCCAAUUGUUGUGACCGGUUCGCUUAAGCUGUUACAUAUUGCUAGUAAUGAAAGUGCUGUAUGUAAAUUUUCCUUGC